AUGAAAUCAGCAUGUUCAUAUGAUUAUGUUCUCAUUCAAAAUGAUGAAGGAAUGGAAGAACGAUAUUGUGGACAUUAUAAUUCAUUAGUUUAUACAUCAACAACAAAUCGAAUUAAAGUUUCAUUCGUUUCCGAUAAUACGAUCGAAAAAAAUGGCUUCAUGGCAUAUUUUAUCACCGAUUUAGAUGAAUGUCGCAAUAACAAUGCUGGUUGUCAACAACGUUGCACGAACACAAUUGGUUCAUAUCAAUGCGAAUGUGAAAGUGGUUAUGUUUUAGCAGAUGAUGGACAUAACUGUAAAGAGGGUGGAUGUAAUUUACAGGUGUAUGAUCCAGAAGGUGAAAUUACUUCACCAAAUUAUCCAUUUGAUUAUCCAAAAGGGAAAAAUUGCAAUUGGCAUUUUGUAACAACACCAGGACAUCGUCUUUCAAUUUCAUUUGAAGAAUUCAUGUUUGAAGAACAUAAUACAUGCAAAUACGACCAUAUCGAAAUAUUUGAUGGUGGCAAUAGUGAUGCGACAUCAUUAGGAAUCUUUUGUGGUAGUGAUAUACCACCAAAUUUACAAUCAUCCGCUAAUCAAUUAUUCAUGACAAUGCUUACGGAUGCUAGCGUUGAUCGGCGUGGAUUUAAGGCUUUCUUUUCUUCAGUUUGUGGUGGUAAUUUGAAAGCUGAACAAACUAUUGGUUAUAUUUACUCGCAUGCUCGUUAUAGUGAUGGCAAAUAUGAGAAAAAGAUGAGAUGUGAAUGGCGAAUUAUGGCACAACAAAAUCGAGGUGUAAACAUUCGCUUUGCGCAAUUUGAUUUAGAACGUGAGGUGAAUUGCGAGUUCGAUUAUGUAGAGAUUUAUGAUGGAGGUGAAAUUUUGGAAGAACAUCGUGUAGCUCGAUAUUGUGGUGAUAAGCUACCACCAUCGUUUACAUCAACCGGAAGAAGUUUGCUACUACUUCUGAUUACGGAUGAAUCUGAAGAACAGAAAGGUUUCAUUGCGGAAUAUCGAUCAAGCAUACCAGGCAAAAUUACUCCACUCACUUCAACAACACGUCGACCUCCACGUGAACCUAUUAUCAAUAAUAAUUAA